AUGGUCAAUACAGGAAUGGGCUUGUGCAUACUGCCACAAGAAGCAGAUCGCCUCAACGAAGGAGCUGGCAGCUUAUGGGUGGGCAUCUAUCUGGGUGUCUGUGGCGCUGCGCAGCUGGUGUGCCCACUUGCCGGCAAGCUAUCCGACAGACAUGCGAGUAGCUUUGGGCGGCGCCGCCCUUUCAUCGUCGCCGGCAGUAUCUUGUCCAUCAUCGGGCUGGUCUUCCUGAGACAGGCCAGUAUCUCCGGCUGGCCUCUCACAUACCUUGUCGCACUGCUUGUGGCCCAGGUGUCCUUGAACCUCGCCUUCUCAGCGCACAACGGCCUGCCAGCAGACCUGUACUGCGAGAAGGGAGGGAGCCCCAAGGAUACCAAAGAAAAGGAUGCAGCGGGAGUUGUGAGCGCCUUCGUGGCGAUGCUCGGGAUUGUGUUGUUCCAGGUCUGCGGCAGCUUCAUGCUGGAUCCACGGGGUGAUCAGGACUUUCUUUGGGUUUGCGUUGGCCGACUUUUCUACUACGUUUCUACGUCUGUGACGGUGUUCUUGUACUACUACAUCCGGGAUACGUUGCAAAUAUCGGCAGAGGGGGAGCUCCGCGUGAAGCUGGCCAGCCUGGUGAUCGCCGCGCAGGUGGUGGGCGCCUUGGUCUCGGUACCUGCCGGAAGAUCUUCGAACACUUUUGGAAGGAAGCCCGUGAUCUACGCGGCCUGCACCAUCAUGUCUCUCACCUUCCUGAUGUACGUCUGGCUGUGGAAAGCGUCUCUGACUUUUUGUUUUUCUUUCUACGGGGAGCUGAGCUUUGUUUGGAUUUUGCUUUUGGGCAGUUCACUGGGAAUGCGAGAGUCGAGUAUGUAUCAAGUUGCUACCGCGGUGGUCAUGUCAUGGAUCCAUUUGAUGCCCGACGUUGCCGAGGGCGAUGUCCGAUGGCACCUCAUUCUGGCUGCCGGCCUCUGCUAUGGCCUUGGCAGUGGCGUGUACGUCAGCGUCGACUAUGCCCUUGCCUUGGAUUGCCUGCCGGAGGGGAAGUCGACUGCAGAGGCCUUCGGCCUCUGGGGCAUCUCAGGAUUUUUCGGAUCCACGGCUGGGCCGGUCAUCGGUGGGCUCCUGCUCGCUGUCAACCAGGCCGGUAACUCCGCUGACAUGUCGAGCAAGGUUUCACACUACACGUAUGGUGGCUAUGCGAUCGUCAUGCUACUGCUGGGAGUCUCCAUGAACCUCUUCGUCGUCGCCGCCACCUAUGCAAUCCGUGGCACAAAGUGA